CACGUACCCAGCAGGCGAGCGCAAGGCAGCCACGACGGGACAGAGGCCGAAGCCUCGCGCGCACUCGCUCCGCCUUCUCUCGUGUCGCGUCGCGUAUAAAAGCGGCCGCCCCGGACCCCGGCGACGCCCACCAAGAUUCCAAGAACCAUGGCCUCCGCACCCUGCUCCAACUCUUCCCCCGCCGCCAGAGCCCCGAGAUCCGCCGCUGCCGGCAACAAGAAGCCGACGACGUGCCUCUGCUCGCCGACGAGCCACCCGGGGUCGUUCCGCUGCAGCCGGCACCGGAACGGGGCCGCCGCGCCGGGCGGCGAGGCGGCGCACGGCGCCAGCAGGGGCGGCACUGCUGGCAGGGCGGCCAAGGGGCGGUCCGUGCGCGCGCUGCUGCUCCAGAGGAUCGGCGGCGGCCCCAGCGAGCUCGGCGGCCGCCGCCGCCGCUGCCGUCGCGGGGUCGGCGACUUCCAGCCGCGGCCCUCCAGGCUGCGCCUCAUGAACCAGUGACGCCGGCGGGCCUGCUUCGGUCUCGUCGCUGCUCCUCCUGAUCUAGCGCCGGUGGUGCGCCACUAUUUCGCGCGCACGCAUCGGUUCGACGACGCGACGCUAGAUCGUACUACGUUCUUAGCAGAAUAAAGAGCAAAAACUGUCCGUACUGUACUCGUAGCCUGCAGAUCUGGAACUGUGUGUACAUAGUGUCGAUGAAGACGAAGCAACGUGGUUCGUUCCUCCAUUUCUGAUGGCUCCAUGUAUGCCUAUGGUCUGUAACUCUGUACUCCUUGUGUUUUUUUAGAGAGGAAAGAAAGAAAUCCAUGGAAGAGUGCAUAUGGUGUUCGUGUU